CACGUCAACGUCAACAACGACAAAGACGUCGAAGCGUCGCCGCAGCACAACGGCUGCUAUUUGCAAAUGAAGAUUAUGCUGGAAUAAACCAUUUAAAAUGGGUAACCAGCGUUGGCAGGGGGCUCGUCACACUCGCACCAACAUCAAAAUGGGGGAAACCAGGCCGAAGCCUAAAACAGAAAUUGGCAUCUGCAUCAUCAAGAGGAAAACCCCAACAUGCUGUGAUGAUGAGAACUGCACAUUUCUCGAAGAGCACUCUUGUCUGUACGAAAAGUAUUGUAAAGAAGACUGUCCAAUUUUGAGGGAACAAAUUUUUUUUGAGGCAAAGAGCCAGAAUAUUUCCCUUAAGGAACAGAUCCGAAGUCUGAAGGCAAGGCUCGAGGCAGCAGAAGAUGCCUGUGUGAGACUGGACUCUGCAAUGUGCUGAAGUACAAUAUUUGCCCACCACUGCUGUGAAAAACAUUUGCAGCUACUUAGUGGAUAACGUAGGAUGAGUUCAGAUAUGGCAAAGCAUUUUCUCCUAACAAAUUCUUUAUUGUCUGUCUGUCUGUCUGUUUGCACGAUAACUCGAGAAGUAUAAAGUUACUCACUGGGGUGAUCGUAAGUGUGUACAUGAAAUGUAGAACAGCCUGUCUGUUUGCACGAUAACUCGAGAAGUAUAAAGUUACUCACUGGGGUGAUUGUCAGUUUGUACAUGUAAUGUAGAACAAAUUGAUGCGGUCACUUCUAGUUUUCACCAGGGGAAUGUUGGUCAAAAGAUUUGUUUUGGUCACUGGAGUAAUAGGCUUAAAAUGCUGGGAAGAGAAUAAAUUGUUCUACAAACUUAUCCUUCACAAGCACAUUGAGAAUACUGAGCAGGUAACACGUAAUUUGUUAAAGGGGUCCAUAUCACCUUGACAAAUUAUCUUCUGUCUGUUUGCACGAUAACUCAAGGAGGGCAAGGUGAGUGGAGAACAAGCUGAAGCAGUCACUGACAGCUGUCUAGCUAAAUGGAAAAUAUGGUUUCACAUGACUGACAUAACUGUUCGGUCAGUGGAGUAAUGGGCUUAAAGGUUUGUAAUGUUAAUCUGAUCUUUGCAAGCUUACAGAAAUACAGAUUAUUUUUUUAAAAGAAGGUUCUGCAUUUCUAGUGUACUUUGUUGUAAACAAUUGUAUACUCAUGGUGGCCAUGCAAUCAAGGUUUUCAAAUUCCUUGACUUUUCCCUGACCUUUGGAGGGUUUUUUUUUGUUUAACUUUUCGCCUCCCUAAAAAUAGAAAAUCCCACCAUAAGCUCGAGCAAAACUCAAUCAUUUCCCCUGACUUCCAGGUUGUGUUACCACCAUGACUGGUUCUGUUGAUAGAUGAGUUGACAAUAAAGAGAAGGUGCUUUUUUA